UGUUGCUCACUGGAUCCUAUAAAACAGCAGCUUCUUUCCGUUCCCAACCAUCGACGAGUCGACUCAGACGAGACCAGACCAGACCAGCACCGGCCAACUCUAUCAGAGAAGCUUGAAGCAACCGACCAGCAUACGCCAUGGACCCUUGCGACUGCUCCAAGACUGGAACCUGCAAAUGCGCUGGAUCCUGUGCCUGCACUAAUUGCUCCUGCACCACUUGCAAGAAGAGUUGCUGCUCUUGCUGUCCAGCGGGAUGCAGCAAAUGUGCAUCAGGCUGCGUGUGCAAAGGGAAGACAUGUGAUACUAGCUGCUGUCAGUGAUGUGCUUCUGACCGCAUCUGGCCUUUCAUCAAUGAAUGCACCUUCGUUUUGAUUCACCCAAUUGCACCUGCCAUGUCUCUAAUGCAUUUUUCAUCUGUUCAUUACUGAAAUAAAUGGUUAAAUUAA